AUGACAAAACUUGGCAUUGUAGAGAAUACUGGAACUGGCAAAACCUCGAUUCUUAUUAAAUACUAUGAUGUCUUUUGGUGGCAUGUAUACACCUGCAAGAGAUGCAAUUUAUGUAUUUUUUACUAUAGAAAUGCAAAUAUAUGAGCAAAUCUGAUAUCAAAAAAUACUCUUCCUUUGCAUUGAAAGUAUGAUACGCUAGUGGCAAUAUGCCUGAUUGCAGUAUUUUAUUUUAAAAAUUGACUUGGAACUGUAAGAAACAUAAUUUAUUGGAAUUAG